AUGGCGAGUUCUUUGCUUGCCCUGCUUGUGGCGAUCGUCGUGCACUGCAUCGUCCAUGCAUCGGCCUCCGGCGCGAACCCCACAGCCGGGUUCGUGAAGGUGGAUCUGACCGACGGCAACUUCCAAAUACAGAGCCCUUACAACGUGCCGGAGAGCCAGCGGUUCCGAUACAGUCACGGUAUCCGUCAGUUUUGGGUCCUUGAAACCGACAAGCCCUUCAACACUGCCACCCACACCAACCCCCGCACCGAAGUCAGGCUCCGGGGGCACGAUUACUCGUCUGGAGUGUGGCAGUUUCAGGGAUACGGGUAUGUGCCGUCGGGCACAUCCGGCGUGUCGGUGAUGCAGAUUCACAACGAGGAAGGGGCGGAGCACUCAACGGUGCUGAUGUUGCAUGUUUACGACGGUGUGCUCCGUUUCUACAGCGGGCAGGCCGUGGAGGGGAACAUCUAUGACCGUUGGUUCCGGUUGAACGUGGUGCAUGAUGUGGAUAGGUCCACCGUGGCUGUGUACAUUGAUGGGGAGAAGAAGUUUGCAACUGAUGUAACCCCUAGCCGGUCAUACUAUUUCAAGUUCGGCGUCUACAUGCAGCACCACAACUGGUCGCCCUGCAUGGAGUCGCGUUGGACCAAUGUCACCGUCUACACCAAGCCCUAG